AUGGCCAACCCAAUCCCCACACAACCACCUUUCGAGAAUCUCACCAUAUCAGCUGCCCCCAAUGACCCGCGAGUACAGAUCAUUACCAUGCAAAAGGGUCCUGAGAAUCGUCUAAACGUCAAGUACGCCCAGACCAUAAUCGCAGCCCUGCGCUAUAUCGAGACCCAAGUCUUGAAACCAGAUGCCCCCGGCGCCGUCGUCAUCACUUCGUUCUCGCCCAAGUUCUGGUGCACAGGCCUUGAGCUCGAUGAAGGCGACACCAAUAUUUACGCCAACAGUGAUGGCUUCUAUCCCCUACUGGCAACACUCUUGGACUACCCGUACCCAACCGUUGCAUGCGUCACCGGCCAUACCUUUGGCGGCGCCUGUCCGUUUGCGCUUUCUUGCGAUUACCGUGUCAUGAAUUCCGAGCGAGGCUACCUGAGCAUGCCUCCUGUGAACCUUGGCCUCCACUUCACCGGCAUUGGCUCUCUACCAAGGCUGAAGCUCGGCCCAAGAAUUGCACGGAAGAUGCUCCUCGAGGCACACAAAUGGACGGGAAACGCAGCACUGGAGGACGGCAUCGUCGACGCCGUGGCACCGCCUGACAAGAUGCUGAAUGUGGCCAUCGACCUAGCAAAACAGCAGGCCGACCGCGCCACCAUGGGCGUCUACGGUCUGUUACGAAGCGAGCUGUGGGGCGAGGCUCUCGACAAGAUCAAAGCCAUCAGCUACGUGCACAGAAGACGAGAAGGAACCGCACCAAAGGCCAAGAUCUAA